AUGGAAACGGAAAACAGCACUUCUACGGACUUCUAUAUAUUAGCCUUUUCCAGUAAUAACGGAAACCAAUUUUUUCUCUUUCUUAUAUUUUUAUUGAUCUAUUUGAUGGGAGUACUGGGAAAUUUACUGAUGAUUAUAGUGAUAUUUGCUGAUGUUCGCCUGCACUCCCCCAUGUACAUCUUUCUAUGGAACUUGUCGUUUAUAGACUUAUGUUACAUCACUGUCACACUUCCUAAAUCAAUAUCUUUAAUUCAAUGCUUUACUCAGCUUUACUUCUUCUUGUCAUUUGCCUGCACCGAAGUUAUCCUGCUCUCCUGCAUGGCGUAUGAUCGUUACAUUGCUAUCGGUUAUCCUUUACAAUAUCACCUUAUUAUGAGCAGAAGUAAAUGUGUCCUGGUUUUGCUGGCCAUCUGGUUAUGUGGCUGUGAGAAUUCAUUGUUUUAUACCAGUUUUGUCUCGCAGGUGUUGUUAUGUCAUGCACGAUACAUUCAGCAAUUUUAUUGUGAUGUUAAAUCAAUAGAAAAAAUAGCUUGCCCAAACUUAACUUUUUACAUCAUAAUUCAUGUAGAACUGCUGUUACUUGGGUUCUUACCAUGCAUACUAAGUUUAAUGUCAUACACUAAAAUAAUCUGCAUCAUCCUUCACAUGAAAUCCACAUCUGGUAAAAUAAAACCCUUUUCCACCUGCUCCUCUCACCUCACAGUUCUAGUCACUUUCUAUGGGACAGCAUUAUGGAAGUAUAUCAGGCCACCGUCGUCUCACCCAGAUGCAAUUGACCAUCUUCUGUCAGUUCUAUAUACGGCAGUAACCCCUAUGCUAAAUCCUCUGAUAUAUAGUUUACGGAAUAAAGAGGUAAAACGUGCUCUUUUACAUGUUGUAGGGGCAGACACCGCUAAAUAA